CCCUCCACUUCUCACCAGUCACUCCCCCGUCUCCCAAACCAAACUUAAAACAUGUCCUCCUCUCUCAAGUUCAUGCUGGCAUUGCUCCUUGGAGUGGUGCUUCUCACCACCACUAUUGUCAAUGCCGAUCACCCCCACGGCCCUAAAGAUCACGGCCACAAGCCACCACACAAGCACCACCCAGGGAGGUUCCUACUCAAGUACGAGGAAGAUGAUCACAAGCCGAUCCCCGAACACAAACCAGAUCCGGAACAUGACAAGCCUCCACAUGGUGGCCACCACCCCGGUCACAUUCUUGUAGAAGAGGCUGAAGAUGGCCGCAAGCCAGUCCCUGAGCACAAGCCAGGAAAAGGCAAGGGGGAGAAGCCACCACCGGAGCACAAACCACCACAUGGUCACAUCUUUACCGAAGAGGUCGAGGAGAUGACCAAGCGUGAGGGCGAGAAGCCUCCACCAAAGCACAAGCCCCCACACGGUCACAUGCUUGUCCAAGAGGUUGAGGAGACUGACAAGCGCAAGGGUGAGAAGCCUCCACCAAAAUACAAGCCCCCACAUGGUCACAUCUUUGCCGAGGAGGUCGAGGAGAUGGACAAGCGCAAGGGCGAGAAGCCUCCACCAAAACACAAGCCCCCACACGGUCACAAUCUUGCCGAGGAGGUUGACGAGAUGGACAAACGCAAGGGUGAGAAGCCUCCACCAAAGCACAAGCCCCCACAUGGUCACAACCUCGUUGAGGAGGUCGAGGAGAUGGAUGAGCACAAGGGUGGGAAGCCACCACCAAAGCACAAGCCCCCACAUGGACACAACCUUGCCGAGGAGGUCGAGGAGAUGGACAAACGCAAGGGUGAGAAGCCUCCACCAAAGCACAAGCCCCCACAUGGUCACAACCUUGUCGAGGAGGUCGAGGAGAUGGAUGAGCACAAGGGUGAGAAGCCACCACCAAAGCACAAGCCCCCACACGGACACAUGCUUGUCCAGGAGGUCGAGGAGAUGGAUGAGCACAAGGGUGAGAAGCCUCCACCGAAGCACAAGCCCCCACACGGACACAUGCUUGUCGAGGAGGUCGAGGAGAUGGAUGAGCACAAGGGUGAGAAGCCACCACCAAAGCACAAGCCCCCACAUGGACACAACCUUGCCGAGGAGGUUGAGGAGAUGGACAAACGCAAGGGUGAGAAGCCUCCACCGAAGCACAAGCCCCCACAUGGCCACAACCUUGCCGAGGAGUUUGAGGAGAUGGACAAACGCAAGGGUGAGAAGCCACCACCGAAGCACAAGCCUCCACAUGGUCACAACAUUGCCGAGGAGGUUGAAGAGAUGGACAAACGCAAGGGUGAGAAGCCUCCACCAAAGCACAAACCACCACAUGGCCAUCUUCUUAUAGAAGAAGAGGAAGAUGCGUACAAGCCCCCACGCAAAAUGAAGCCAUCCACUCCUGAAAAGAAGCCAAAGGGUCCUUCUCACAAGCCCCCACACAAACCUCCAACUGGCAAUUGAACUAUCCCGUCUAUCGAUCGUUACCAUGUAGAAUAAAGAGUCGGUCAGUGCUCAGAAUGUGGAGACUUCUAUGGGUUUUCCAGUUAGUGUCGGCUUAGUUUCACAUCAUAUGAUUCAGUCAUAUGCUGUUCUACCACUCUAUCACUUGUUGAGUAUUGUACAUUAUGGAGACUGUGUGAUCACUUAUAGUUAUGAUCGUAUAUGAUGAGCCUCUUAAUCUCUCCUAA